AUGAAUUCGAUAACCCAUAUGAUGCACGAAAAUACAUCGGCAAAACCCCAUACAGCCUCAUAGUGUUUGAAAUUACCGUGAAUCAGAUAGCGAAUUGAUUAAUCACAAGCGAAUGUUUGUUUGUUUAUCUCUUCCGCGGGCUCACGAGAUUUAGAUUAACGAAGGCCAUCUUCAUCCGAGCGUUUGGUGUUUGGCGGCGUGGUCCUAACUGCAUUUCGAUUAUUUGUGUUGAUCGUAGGAUAGAAUAUCAGCGCAAACCGAAGCGACCUUUGAACUCUCAAGUGACCCUGAGCUAGGAAUCGAGUGACUGUUAUUUCCAGAGGUAACUAUGGAUGCUCUACACCUUUUGCGUUGCAAAUUCGCUCCGGAUCUUGUUUUGAUUACUGUUUGGAAAACAGACUGUUUGAGAACCCAUAUCGUUCGUUUGUAAUUUACAGAUUCCUUAGGUACUCUUGAUAAGAAAAUACAGUCGAGGGAGAUUGAGUGUGAAUCAGCAAUACGUAUUGGGGAUAUAUGACACCAGCGUCCAGUAAAGAUAGAUUGGGGCGAUCCCUAAUCGCAGUGCAGGUGUAUUAUUGCCUAUUAUCUAGCGCUUAGUGCUUCCUGGGACGACUAUUUAUACAGAUGAAUGAAGUAGUCACAGUCAGUUAACGAAUCUAGACUAUAUUCAUCAAGUCGUCAACCAUACGAAUGGUUUUCUCAAUCCUUUUGAUGGAACUCACACUAAUUUCAUUGACAGUUUCUCAAGUCUUCUAAAAAAAGGUAUCAGAUCCGUGAAUGGAUCAAGAAAUGCGAUAAUAUGCAGUUAUCUUGAUGAGUUUAUAUACAGGACUUCGUUCAACAUGAGAAUCAAGACUCCUAUGAGAAAUUGGGAGGUUUUGUUGCAACAUACACGAGAACGUUGUCCUUUGUAACUAUUUUUUAGCAGUGCAUUCCUUAUAUAUAAAUGACUUACAACUAUGCGCCGAUUUUUUGAGCUUGCUGAUUGGUCAAAGUUGUCCUUGUCGGGGUUCCGUUCGCUAGGUAGUUUCGGUUUUGGCUGCUAUUCUUUAGAGUUGCCCCUUAUUUGAGUUACAAAUUCACUAAAAGCAUCUAUUAUUUAUUUUUCUAGAUUCGGGUGGGCUUUGUGAAUUCCAUUACAGUUGUUUGUGUGAUAUAAGCCGCAGAACCUAAAUGGAUUUCGGUGGGUUACCAAUACGUUGUCACUUUCAUUUAAAGAUAGUCAUAUUCGUGUUUCCUUUUUGCCUGUUUCCGGUUCUCAUAAGUUUGUGAAAUUGAAUGAGAUCACAAUGUAACCUUGUUUGUUUGACACAGUACCAAGGGCUACAGUGUUCUCAUUACUGUAACUGGUCAACGAAAGAUAUCUUCUCAUAGUCGUCAUGGGAGUCACGCGUCUUCUGAAAUCUCUCAUUUUAUCCUGUCACGUUUCUGUAGCUAUGGUAAAUCCCAGCAUUUUUAAAUUUAGUUACAGAAAUUGUUUAUUGGGAUGAGCCCAUCAAGUCGGGUGUUGUUGCAGCCGUUGGGUUAACAUUCCUCUUAAGUCUUUCAUGCAUGUCCCUGGUGUCUUUUAUUGCCUACACUGGAAUUUCGCUAAUGUGCUGCACCACGGCUUGCAAGCUUUAUGGUUUUAUUACGCGUCAAUUCGAAUCAAAUCAGGAUUCGCCGAAAGACCCAUUUAAAUAUUGGCUUGGAUUGGACAUCACUUUACCUGAGGAAAAAAUUGCCGAGCGUGUUGCAGCCUUAUGUGAAAAAUUGUCUGAAAAGUUGAAUUAUUUACGUUGCGUAUUGUGGUUGCAAGAUUACUUUGAAACUGCAAAGUUCGUUGUGUGUUUAUACCUACUUUCGGUAGUAGGUGCUUGGUUUAAUUUGCUUACCCUGGUAACCAUAGCAUUUGUUCUCGGCAUGACAUGUCCUAAGAUAUAUUUAUUAUGCAAGCCACAGUUCGAUGCGGCAUUCCGAAUAACUAAGGAGAAAGUCUUCAGUAUGCUCAAAUUCGCUGAAGCGAAAGUAUCAAGACUUCGUGGGAAGUCUUCAACAGAAUAACUUUUGUAAAAGUGACAAAUUAUCAAGCCCACCUCAUCGGCAGAUACAUGACAUUCUAUGUACCAUUUGCUUCCUUCGCUGUCCUCCUGUUCAUCUUUCGAAACCGUCGAGCAGUCAUCAUAUCAGAUAGACAGUGUUGACAUUAGAAUGGCCGUUUAUCAGCGAAUGUUUCAUGACACUUCCUCUUCUUCUUCGUCUUCUUCCUCUUCUUCUCCUCUUCACAUGUAUCCGUGUCUGAUGGGAGAUAUAUGCAUAGUUGUGUUUAAUAAAGCGAUUGCCAUGGAAUAUUGCCUUCUGAUGCGUCUUUCUAGUGUUAUGAGUUGUGACAGUUGAUUGUUGAAACAGCGAGGAACUCAGUGGGAGUGAUUUUGUAGGUGGGUGAUUCGCAUACUUCGAUGUUGGAGUGAUGAAAGGAAGAUGUGUGAAAUGAUUCCACUUGGAGACUGCUAUUAGGUGGUAGACUGACUGAC